GUGGUGGAGGCUUAUAAGGAAGGUCUGAGACCAGCCGUUGGCUAUGAGCUCAACCCUUGGCUGCUGUGUCUCUCCAGCUACCGGGCCUGGAAGGCUGGGUACCACGAGAAGGUUGCCUUCCUGAAGGAAGAUCUGUGGAAGGUGAAUCUCUCUGAUUGCUACAAUGUGAUCGUGUUCCUGGCCCCCAGCGUGAAUCCUCUCCUGGCUGCCAAGCUCCUUGCAGAACUCCCUGAUGAAGCUCGAGUGGUGGCUGGACGUUUCCCCUUCCCCUGCUGGACCCCCAGCAGGACCCUUGGAGAGGGGCAGGAGCAAGUCUGGGCCUAUGACAUGAAGGAGGUGCGGCGAGCGGCGCGGAGCAGCGCGGAGGGAAGCCCUGUCUAA